AUGUAUCCAACGGUUGGAAUGGAUUUCGGGCUAAAAAUGCUCCGGAAUGCGCCCGUCAACGACUCUAGUCGUGUCGCCAAUUUCCGUGAUUUUCGCUUUGGCGAUGGUGCGAGCGGGUGCCAAGGGCCUACGAAAUCUCAAAUUGAUUCCGUCAUCUCUAAAGGAGACAGCGACAUCGAGGAGCAUUAUUCAAAGCUCUCCAGUCAGAUAAUGAAUGCAAGUCAUGGUGUGAAGAGCCGAAUAGCUAAUGGAUUUUUCUUAGACAAUCAGUUCCAUGUCAAACAGGACUAUCAGCAAGCUGUCAGAAAGAAGUACGGCGCUAAAGUAGAAGCUCUGGACUUUGGCCACGCAAAGGAGGCUGCUAAGGUCAUUGACGACUUCAUAAGUAAGACGACGGACGGAAACAAUGUCAAGGCAUGA